ACGAGACAUGGCCAUUCCCAGGGCACGACCGAGCAGACACAGGUGCUCCUCCGGGCUCCGCACAGCAACGAGGAAGCCUCCUAGAACGGGCAGGAGGGGGAAAUGGAGGAGACGAGCCUGAGGAAAAGGAGAGAGGACCAGAAGUCCAUCCAGAGUAACGAACCCAAGACCACAAGGCUCCAAAAGGAGGUGGGCCUGCUCAGCGGCAUCUGCAUCAUCGUGGGCACCAUCAUCGGCUCUGGGAUCUUCAUCUCCCCCAAGGCUGUGCUCAGCAACACGGGAGCCGUGGGGCCCUGUCUGAUCAUAUGGGCGGCGUGUGGGAUCCUUGCAACACUGGGUGCUCUGUGCUAUGCGGAGCUCGGUACGAUGAUCACCAAGUCAGGGGGCGAAUACCCGUACCUGAUGGAGGCUUUUGGCCCCAUCCCUGCCUAUCUCUUUUCCUGGACCAGCCUGUUCAUCAUAAAGCCCUCGUCCUUUGCCAUCAUCUGCCUCAGCUUUUCGGAGUACGCUACUGCUCCCUUCUACUCGGGGUGCGAGCCUCCUGCAAUUGUCAUUAAAUGCCUGGCUGCCACUGCCAUCUUACUCAUCACCACGGUGAAUGCGCUGAGCGUGCGGCUAGGCAGCUACGUCCAGAACGUGUUCACCGCGGCCAAGCUCGUGAUCGUGGCCAUCAUCAUCAUCAGCGGACUUGUCCUCCUGGCCCAAGGAAAUACAAAAAAUUUUGAAAAUUCUUUUGAGGGCACAGAACUGUCCGUGGGAGCCAUCAGUCUGGCCUUUUACAACGGACUCUGGGCUUAUGAUGGAUGGAAUCAACUCAAUUACAUCACAGAAGAACUUAGAAACCCUUUCAGGAACCUGCCCCUGGCGAUCAUCAUCGGCAUCCCACUGGUGACAGUGUGCUACAUCCUCAUGAACGUGUCCUACUUCACGGUGAUGACCAUGACGGAGCUCCUGCAGUCGCAGGCGGUGGCUGUGACAUUUGGCGACCGUGUCCUCUAUCCAGCCUCUUGGGUCGUUCCUCUCUUUGUGGCAUUUUCAACCAUCGGUGCUGCUAAUGGGACCUGCUUCACGGCGGGCAGGCUCGUUUACGUUGCAGGCCGGGAAGGCCACAUGCUUAAAGUGCUCUCCUACAUCAGCGUCAAGCGCCUGACUCCAGCCCCUGCCAUCAUCUUUUAUGGUAUCAUCGCCACUAUUUAUAUUAUCCCUGGUGAUAUAAACUCGUUGGUCAACUACUUCAGUUUCGCUGCGUGGUUAUUUUAUGGCUUGACUUCCCUGGCACUGAUCCUGAUGAGGUUCACGAGGAAAGACCUGGAAAGGCCGAUCAAGGUGCCCAUCUUCAUCCCCAUCUUGGUGACUCUCGUGUCCGUGGUCUUGAUCUUGGCCCCAAUCAUCAGUGAACCCGCGUGGGAGUACCUCUACUGUGCGAUAUUUAUGCUGAGCGGCAUUAUAUUUUACUUCCUUUUUGUCCACUACAAGUUUGGAUGGGCUCAGAAAAUCUCAAAGCCCAUCACCAUGCACCUUCAGAUGCUGAUGGAAGUCGUCCCACCCGAGGAAGCCCCAGAGUAACUUGGUCUCCUUAGCCAAGGCCCAGCUGUGAUGAAGUUAUUUUUAUGAGGAAACUGAGCCACAGUGUGAUCGAAACCUGCUCAUGGGACAGCCUGGUGACAAGAGUUUACCUCCCUUUCAAGCAGUGACUUACGCCUGGGACACCCAUAAUCUGACCAUCUGUGCUUUCUGGCUAUGAAAAGAAUAAAGACGCUGGGGGCAAGAUACAGCCGUCCUGUCCCAGCAGCGGGCUUUUCCGCUGCCAGACAUGGCUGCCAGGAGCACGCACACUGAGGGUGUGCACAGCAUGCACGCUUCCCGGCAACUCUCCUUUCUCCCUUUCCAAUUAACGUGAACAGGCAGGCUCUGGGCGUUCCCGCAUGUAAAGAGUGCCGGCACGACACUUCCCCCGAUUACCUUGUGAGGCCGGGUGCCACAGCCCCUGAGUGGGGUCAUGAAUGUCUUGAGGGCUCAUCACCUCCAGGUGUCCUGAGGGUUACCUGCAGGCACCCACAGGUCCUUUACAGUGUCCGUUAAAGGGAAACCUUUGUCCCACAUACCCAGGACUCUGCAGGUACUGAGGGUUCUUCAGAAGCAGGAGCUUACCUCAGAAAGCCUUGGGUCUGCUGAGGCCACCCCCUUUUUAACCUUGGACUAUCUUUAUAUGAAGUAAACAUACCCA